AUGAAGGCAGACAUGCGUGUGGAUAACAAGAAGUACGGGCUCGCUGAAGAAAGUAAGGUCUGGUGCGCCACGCACCCAGUGUUGCGUCAUAAGCUGACCAAGCUGCGCGACGAGCGCACUGACUGUCGCGCCUUCCGCUAUCUGCUGCGAGAAGUGACUUUCUACCUUGGGUAUGAUGCGACUGACGACUUGGAGACGAUUCCAAAACAGAUAAAAACUCCGAAAGGCGAUCACCAGGGCGCUGAAUUGUCAACAAAUGUGGCACUUGUGCCAAUUCUUCGCGCAGGAUUGGGAAUGGUAGAUCCAAUGCUCGACAUUCUGCCGAACGCUUCAGUGCACCACAUUGGAAUGUAUCGAAACAAACAAUCAUUGCUGCCAGUUCAAUAUUAUAAUAAGCUCCCGAAGGAGUGUGACGUAGACGUUGCAAUAAUCCUCGAACCUGUCAUCGCCACCGCUGGCACGAUUGUUGCGACACUGGCCGUUCUUAAGACUUGGGGCGUCAAGAAAAUUAAAGUUGUGAGUGCGAUUGCUUCUAAGCAGGGUCUGCAAGAGGUUUGCGCUAAGAAUCCGGGAGUGGAGAUUUUUCUGGCUGCAAUUGACGAUGAGCUUAGUGAGGAUGGCUAUAUCUUGCCCGGUCUUGGCGAUGCUGGCGAUCGUGAAUUCCACACAAGCGCACAGAAUGGACAAACAUAUUUCCUAAAACCAUGA